AUGAAUGCUGCGCCUUCGCCCGCACAAGGUGUUGGCCCAAUUUAUAGACCUGAAGGCGAGAAACCCACAGCAACAGUGUCCAAAGACAUUUCUUAUGAGAAUGUCCAUGUGCUGCCACAAACUCCGCAACUAAUUGCGCUUCUGACUAUGAUAAGGGAUAAAAAUACAAGCCGUGCCGAUUUUAUUUUUUACUCCAACAGAAUUAUCCGACUCUUGGUGGAAGAGGGAUUAAAUCAUCUACCAGUUGUCGAGCGAUCCGUUACAACUCCUGUGGGUCGUGAAUACCUCGGGGUCAGAUUUGAAGGAAAGAUAUGUGGUGUCUCAAUAAUGAGGGCCGGAGAAGCAAUGGAACAGGGUCUUAGGGAUUGUUGUCGGUCGGUUCGAAUUGGGAAAAUUUUGAUUCAGAGAGACGAAGAAACCUGCAAGCCGAAACUCUUCUACGAAAAGCUCCCCCUUGAUAUCGCCAACCGCUGGGUGCUACUCCUUGAUCCGAUGUUUGCAACCGGAGGCUCUGCAACGCUUGCUGUUGAAACCCUGAAGGCGAAGGGUGUGCCCGAAGAUCGAAUACUAUUUCUCAACCUCAUUGCAAGUCCCUCUGGGGUCGCAGAUUUCGCAGAACGCUUUCCAAACCUUAGAGUAGUAACAGCGUUCAUUGACCAAGGCUUGAACGAAAAGAAAUACAUCAUCCCUGGUUUAGGUGAUUUUGGUGAUCGGUAUUAUACCAUGUAG